UUUACGAGUUCUGUUUACUAUAACCUAACAAGUUGUGAAUGGGCCCCGGAAUCUAUCUGAUUUCUCAGGGAGGGUUUUGAAUGCUUGCUUGGACGUUCGAAUAGUUUUUGAAUAAGGACUUGCUUCUAGUGUGAUGUUAGGGCGCAAUGGUGCAUGUUUGUAAUUUACUGUUCAGUUCUGCUAAAAAGUCAGUUCGUCGUCACUUCCGUGGCCAAUUCAUAGAUUCCCUUCGUUUAACAAUCAAAGGUGGUCAUGGAGGCAACGGUUUGCCAAAGUACGGUGGAGUUGGUGGUCAAGGUGGUUGCGUAUACUUCAUUGCCAAAGAAGAUGUAACCCUGAAGAAGGUCUCACAAAAGCAUGAAACGAAACGUAUAAUGGCCAGUUCCGGGGAGGACAGUAGCAAACACCGAAUUCUCGGUCGCCGUGGGAUGGACGUUGAAGUUGAAGUUCCUCCUGGAGUGCAAAUUUUAGAUGAUACCGGAAAAGUUCUAGGGGAUUUGGAUAAGGACGGUUCGACGUGUUUAGGUGCUGCAGGAGGUAUUGGAGGGUGCACGGGUACUUCGUUUAUUGGGAAGCCGGGAGAGUCGAGGACUGUCACGUUGGAUUUAAAGCUAAUUGCUGAUAUUGGAUUGGUUGGUUUUCCAAAUGCCGGUAAAAGUACGCUCUUGAAAGCUGUGUCGAAUGCUUCACCGAAAAUCGCAUCGUAUCCUUUUACAACCAUUCGACCACAGAUAGGAAUGAUGCAGUAUGAAGAUUUCCGGACAAUAUCAGUAGCUGAUCUUCCAGGACUGAUUGAAGGAGCACACGCGAAUGUUGGAAUGGGUCACAAAUUUCUCAAGCACAUCGAACGUACACGCCUCCUUCUCCUGAUGGUCGACAUUUUUGGAUUUCAACUAAGUCAAAAGCAUCUAAAGCGAAACUGCUUAGAAAAUGUCUACGCCUUAAACAAAGAACUGGAAAUGUAUGACGACAGCUUGCUAGACAAACCCUGUGUUCUCUUGAUCAAUAAAAUGGAUUUGGAAGGAAGCAGUGACGAAUACAAUAAACACAAGCAACACCUGCACGAUCUAUCCCUAAAUGUUCACAACUGUCCCGAAGAAAUACGACCUACGAAACUCAUAAAUUUUGAACGCGUCAUACCAAUAUCAGCGCGCGAUGAGAUGCGGAUUUCAGAUGUCAAGGAUGAAAUAAGGAUCGUGAUGGACGAGUUAGUCGAGAAAGAAUUGGAGAAAAAAAUGGAACCAACUCAAAGAGCUAAGACUAUGGAGAGAAUACGCGAAAGAGGGCCAAGAAUCACUUGAAGUGGUUUUAUUAGAAAAAAUUAAGAAGAAUAAAUUUAAUCACAUUCA